CGUGGGUGCAGUUCACUAGCCUCUACCGCGAAGAUGGAGGCUUUAGAUCGCGUGGUAAAACCUAAAACAAAGAGAGCCAAGAGAUUUCUUGAAAAAAGAGAGCCUAAACUGACAGAAAACACCAAAAAUGCAAUGCUCAUAAAAGGAGGAAAUGCAAGUUUAACAGUGACAGAAGUACUCAAAAAUAUUUAUGCCCUGAAAAAGCCCUUUGCUGUCCUAUAUAAAAAAAAGAAUAUUACAAGGCCCUUUGAAGACCAGUCCUCUCUGGAAUUUUUUUCCAAGAAGUCUGAUUGUUCUUUGUUCCUGUUUGGAUCUCACAGUAAGAAGAGGCCUAAUAAUCUGAUCGUAGGUCGUAUAUAUGACUAUCAUGUUCUGGAUAUGAUUGAACUGGGCAUUGAGAAGUUUGUUGCCCUCAGAGAUAUUAAGAACAGCAAGUGUCCAGAGGGAACAAAGCCCAUGCUGAUAUUUGCAGGAGAUGCUUUUGACCUUGAUGAAGAACAUAGAAGGUUAAAAAGCCUUCUGAUUGAUUUUUUCAGAGGUCCUGUUGUACCCAGCGUUCGUCUGGCCGGCUUAGAACAUGUUCUGCAUUUCACAGCAGUGGAUGAAAAGGUCUAUAUGAGAAGUUACAAGGUGUUAUUGAAAAAGUCUGGUUGUAAAAUUCCAAGGAUUGAACUUGAAGAUAUGGGACCUUCAUUAGAUUUGGUGAUAAGGAGAACACAUUUGGCAUCAGACGAUCUUUAUAAGCUAUCACUAAAGCAACCUAAAGCUCUCAAGCCAAAGAAGAAGAAGAAUGUCUCUCAUGAUGUCUUUGGGACAAAAUAUGGGCGGAUUCACAUGCAGAAACAGGACCUGGAUAAACUACAGACUAGAAAAAUGAAAGGUUUAAAGAAAAGACGGUCUGAAAAGAAAACUGAAGGUGGAGGGGAUCCAAAGAAAGUAAAGUUGGAAUGAGAAGUUUAGACUGGAAUGAGCAUUUGAAUUUGGGUCCUAUCAGUGAAAUGCCAUAUAAACCUAAAUCUUACUUCAAGUAAA